GUGCGCCCCCGGCCCCCGGCCCCGGCGGCCCGGCCCGCGGCCAUGAACCUCUUCCGAUUCCUGGGGGACCUCUCCCACCUCCUGGCCAUCAUCCUGCUGCUCCUCAAGAUCUGGAAGUCCCGCUCCUGCGCCGGAAUCUCGGGGAAGAGCCAGGUCCUGUUCGCUGUGGUCUUCACCGCCCGCUACCUAGACCUGUUCACCAAUUACAUCUCCCUUUACAACACGUCCAUGAAGGUGGUCUACAUCGCCUGCUCCUUCACCACCGUCUGGAUGAUCUACAGCAAGUUUAAGGCCACCUAUGAUGGCAACCACGACACCUUCCGAGUGGAGUUCCUUGUGGUCCCCACAGCCAUCUUGGCCUUUCUAGUCAACCAUGACUUCACACCACUGGAGAUCCUAUGGACCUUCUCCAUUUACCUGGAGUCUGUGGCCAUCCUGCCGCAGCUGUUCAUGGUGAGCAAGACGGGAGAAGCUGAGACCAUCACCAGCCACUACCUGUUUGCUCUGGGCGUCUACAGGACGCUUUACCUGUUCAAUUGGAUCUGGCGCUACCAGUUUGAAGGCUUCUUUGACCUUAUCGCCAUCGUAGCUGGCCUGGUACAGACUGUGCUCUACUGCGACUUCUUCUACCUCUAUAUCACCAAAGUCUUAAAGGGGAAGAAGCUAAGCCUGCCUGCAUAGUGGUGACUCCCCAGGGCAUCUCCGCAGCAGAAGCAGUAAUGGCGAGAGGAGAUAGGCCACAGCAGCACAGGUGGGGGAGGGCAGGGGGGCCCCAGGACCUGCCCAGCCCAAGGGGUAACUUUUUAAAAGAAUCAAUGGAUCCCCACCCCCUUCUCUGCUCCCCAGGGCUGGGGGGAGGGGAGGAGGGCAUGGGGGCCCCCCCAGCCUUGGAGAGCAAGAGCUCGGGAUCUUGGCUCUUUCUAGUGUUUUGCCUUUUAGAGAAACAAAGACGAAAUCUUUUCUGAGUUGGUUGGGAUUUAGAUAAGUCCCUGUUUUUCCUUCCAUCAUCUUGUCAGCCUCCGGACACCUGUGUUUUUACAAACUGUCUGGGGGGUGGAUGGGAAGCCCCCACUUCCCUGCUGUCUGUUUCCUCCUUCCUCCAAACUUUGCCAAACACUCAGCCUCUUCCCUGGCCAACAGGACCCCUCCUCCAGCUUUUUUUCUGGAGAAUUGGAGGGGCUGGUGGGGUGACUCCUCCCCUCCAUCUUUUAUAUCUUUUUGUCAGUUUUUUUGUCCAGGGGCAUGGGGAGGGAGGGAAGGGGCCAUGCCCCAUUUUUGUACAGAAUUGAUGGUUAACUCCUUGUUCACUUGAAAUAAAGACAAAAAUGAACUUCUCA